CGGAAGGCUUUUCCGAGCGGCGCCGGGGGAGAGUGACCUGUGCCGGACGGGGAUCGGGUGAGGAGCCUGGGCUAAAGGAAAGCAGAAGGAAAUGUCCUCUGACUCCAGCAAGAAGCGGAAGCCAAAGGUCAUUCGUACGGACGGCGGCCCGCAAGAAGGCAAGCGGAGCAGGCCUGACGCUGAUCAGGAUGCCAGGUACUACAGCGAAGAAGCUGAGGUGGAUCUGCGUGACCCCAACCGAGAUUAUGAACUUUACAAACAGACCUGCCAGGAUCUUCAGCGGCUAAUGGCAGAGAUCCAGGAGCUGAAGAGCAAAGGCCACAAAGACAGCGCUACUGAGAUAGAAGAGCGACGGAUCCAGAGUUGUGUUCACUUCAUGACCCUGAAGAAACUCAACCGUUUGGCUCAUAUUCGGCUGAAGAAGGGAAGGGACCAGACUCAUGAGGCGAAGCAGAAGGUGGAUGCUUAUCACCUGCAGCUCCAAAAUUUGCUCUAUGAAGUGAUGCAUUUGCAGAAGGAGAUCACAAAGUGUCUGGAGUUCAAAUCCAAGCAUGAAGAGAUUGAGUUGGUGAGCGUGGAAGAGUUUUAUAAGGAGGCCCCUCCAGAAAUCAGCAAGUCGGAGAUUACGCUCACGGACCCUCACCAGCAGACCCUAUCCCGCCUUGACUGGGAACUGGAGCAACGCAAACGGCUGGCAGAGAAGUAUAAAGAAUGCCUGGCCAACAAAGAGAAGAUCCUCAAGGAGAUCGAAGUGAAGAAAGAAUAUUUGAGUAAUCUUCAGCCUCGGCUUAACAGUAUCAUGCAGGCGUCCCUUCCUGUCCAAGAAUACCUCGCCAUGCCUUUUGACCAAGUUCACAAGCAGUAUGAAACAGCCAGGCAUCUCCCACCCCCUCUCUAUGUCCUCUUUGUCCAAGCAAGCGCGUACGGCCAGGCCUGUGAUAAGAAGCUGGCUGUAGCUAUUGAAGGAAACGUAGAGGAAGCAAAAGCUCUUUGCAAACCACCGGAGGACUCUCAGGAUGACGAGAGUGAUUCAGAUGUGGAGGAGGAGCAGACCACGAAACGUCGCCGACCAACUUUGGGGGUGCAGCUGGAUGACAAGCGGAAAGAGAUGCUGAAGAGGCACCCACUGUCUGUCACCGUCGACCUGAAGUGUAAAGAUGGCAGCUUGCUGCUCCUGACCUUCUACUACCUGAUGAACCUCAACGUCAUGACGGUCAAGGCCAAGGUGACAGCAGCCACGGAGAUGACCGUGCCCAUCAGUGCCGGGGACCUGCUGUGCCCAGACUCCCUUCUGAGCUGCCUCUAUCCUGGAGACCAUGGGAAGAGGACUCCCAACCCUGCCAACCAGUUCCAGUUCGACAAAGUGGGCAUCCUGACCCUGAAUGACUAUGUGCCUGAACUGGGCCACCCGUAUGUGUGGGUACAAAAGUUGGGAGGCUUGCACUUCCCCAAGGACCAGCCCCAGAAUCCUGUGGUCGCUGAUAACUCACUGAGUGCUAGCCACAUGGAGAGGACCAUGAAAUUGCUCAAAACGAGGUUGGAAUCCCGCCUUGCCCUUCACAAGCAAUUUGCUUCCCUUGAGCAUGGCAUCCUGCCCGUCUCCCCUGAGUCCCAGCACCUCUUUCCAGCCAAGAUCGUGUCCCAUUUGGUGAAGUGGACAUCCCUCACUUACGAAGAUUACUUGGAGCUGCCUUACACCAAAGAUGUGGUCGAGGCUGGCUUGGCUGAAGAUACUCACCUCUAUUACUUGGCACUGAUAGAAAGGGGGACUGCCAAGCUCCAGGCCGCCGUAGUGUUGAACCCCGGCUACUCUUCCAUCCCGCCCAUCUUCAGCCUGUGCCUGAACUGGAAAGGGGAGAAGACCAACACCAACGACGACAACGUUCGGGCCAUGGAGAGUGAGGUCAAUGUCUACUACAAGGAACUCUGUGGCCCCAAGCCAGGCUACCAACUCCUGACCAACCAGUUGCAGCGCCUCUGCAUUGUCCUGGAUGUGUACCUGGAGACCGAGACACAUGACAACAGCGUGGAGGGGCCCAAGGAGUUUCCCCAGGAGAAGAUGUGCCUGCGCCUGGUUAGGGGACCCAGCCGGAUGAAACCCUUCAAAUUCAACUACCCUCAAGGCUUCUUCAGUCAUCGCUGAGCCCAGCAGCUGCCCGCCUCCCACUAACCCUCGUUUAUCCAUGGAAAGGGAUUUAUUUAGGAUUUGGGGCUGGUGGAUUUCUGAUGGAUCUCAGCUUCACCCUGCCCGAGACGUG